UGGUGGAUUAAAUAAGAAAAAAACAUGUCGCACAGCGUUGAGUUAAAUUAGGAUAGAAUAGCUUAUGUUGUGUUGGAUUAGUUGGUAUAGGAAACCUACGAAAACAAUAUUUCACUCUACCAUAAGGAGACGGAUGUUUUCUCAAUAUUUACUAGGGUGGGCGGGGCUGUGAAUCACCGCGUGCCUCUCGCCGUCCAAAGAAAUACUUGCGCCGCCCUCCGACAAUGUGUACUUGGCUUGGAACUAGGCUGUGCGUAGGUCGUGGCAGGCAAAAGCAUCGUUUCUAAUUGGUCUCAUUAGGAGAGAAUAAGAGUGAUAUUCUCUUCAUGCAACCCAGUUCUCAACAGGGACCUUUUAAACAAGUGAAUGAGGUUUGUCUGGAACUACGGCAACACAUCCUACCAUGAGUGAUGAAUAUUCUUUACCACCCUUUACACCACCUCCCAGCUAUGAAGAAGCAACAUCUGGGAUCCCUCUAACAUUGCCACCACAUGACCACCCUCAUGUAAUAACUCCUGAGGCUAUUGCCUUACAGGCUUUGUACAACACUCGACCCCAGAACAACCCUCCAGUCACAAAUACUCCUGUGCUAACACCUCAGGAUAUUGCCUCACAGGCCUUAUACAACGCUCAGCCCCAGAACAACCCUCCAGUCACAAAUACUCCUGUGCUAACACCUCAGGAUAUUGCCUCACAGGCCUUAUACAACGCUCAACCUCAGAACAACCCUCCAGUCACAAACACUCCUGUGCUGACACCCCAGGAUAUUGCCUCACAGGCCUUAUACAAUGCUCAACCCCAGAACAACCCUCCAGUCACAAAUACUCCUGUACAAUCACCGCAGGCUGUUGCCUCACAGGCCUUAUACAACUAUCAACCACAAAAUAACAUACCACUGUAUCCUCGCUACGAUCCAUGCCCUACUGGAGCAGAGGUUCUCCGUAGGCUUGAUGAAAUCUUGGUCUAUCCUUCCAAAGGAUAUAAGUAUAAGAUCAAGAAUGGCAAUAAAGUAACCAUCAUGACUGCUAAGGAUGAAUCUGAAGUUGAUUGCUGCAACUCCUGUGAUUGUAACAGUAACAGGAAAUUUGUUCUGUACUCCAUCAAUAAGAUUGCUGCAGCUGAAGCCCAAAUUGUGAUUGAUGCAUUUAACUGCUGUUUUUACAGUCCUCAGCACAUGGAUGUGAUGGCACCUCUUAGUGUGAGAGUGGGAUCAGUGUUUGUGAGGAGCACGACCAGAUGCAAGGUAGUGAACCCAUCUGAGGAUGUGCUCUUUUCACUAGAGCGGGAGAGUGAUUGCUGCUCCAUGGGCCCAUAUCAGAUAUUUUCUGCUAGUGGAACACAGGUGGGUGUAAUUGAUAGUAGCCGAGGCAUCAAGCACAGGCUGGUGGUGUCCAGAGAUAUGCCUGUCCGUCACAAGAUCCUUCUCCUCUUCUUUGCACUCUUUUUGCAAAGAGAGGCCGAUUCUCGAAGAAGAUCCUAGAGCUGGAGACAAGUUGCAGCAGUCAUUAUUUUUCUGCCUUCAGUGUUCUGAAGAUCCUAAGAGAUACUGACACUGAAAUUGGACUGCAGUAGUCUUCUUGUCAUUCAGGUGCUCCCUUUUUGUUAGGUCUAAGACAUAUGUAAUGUGUGAAAGAACAAAGAGCAUUGUUCUUCACACACACACACACACACACACACACACACACACACACACACACACACACACACACACACACACACAUGGAGGCUCCUGAUAGGGAAGAUUUACUGAAAUGCGACACAAGGGAUACAAGAGGACAUAGAAGGAAACUCAGAAAAGACAGUUAUAGAAGAAAUUUGAAGAACAGCUUCCCUCACAGAGUAGUGGAUAUAUGAAGUGGACUGGACAAAGUGGUAGUGCGUGCAAAGACAGUACAUGAUUUUAAGACCAUAUUAGACACUAAGAUGUAAAGACAGGACAGCAUGAGUAUAGCUCCCCUCCCGUACAAUACAACUAGGUAAAUAGAUAAACACACACACACACACACACACACACACACACACACACACACACACACACAUUUGCUGAUGUUUGCUAAUGAUGCCAAAAUAUAGAUAACAAUUAUAAAUAAAGACUACUGGAAGAUAUUACAGGUUAAUUUAGGCAAAUUCUCUGAAUGGGCAAUAACUUAAUGCAGGAAAUUAGUGUAGAUAAGUGCCAUGUGUUCAAGCUUGGUAGAAGUCACAUAAGAUCUAAGUAGAGCUACAUGCUGGGUAAUAAGACCUUAAGAAAAGCAGGGAAAGAGUUGUGGAAUCCAUAAUUAAAGGAACAUAUUACUAACUAGAAAAUACAGAGCAGUAACACAAUGAGUUGCAAGUCUCAGAGGCUCAAGACAGUGAGAAAAAAAAAUUUGAUACGUUACAGCUACCCAAACUGGAAGAAAGAGAAUGAUCACCAGUAUGAUUUUUGUAUACAAAUGUGCAACAAGGAAAAGAAAAAGGUAGGUAUAUAGGAUUCAGCAACCAUGAAAUUAAACAUCAAGUUUACAGUGCAAUAGAUCAUUAGAAUACAAUACCAGAGAAAGUGGUGUGCGUAAACAGUAUACAUGAAUGAAAAAAAA